AUGGUUUUGAGAGAAUUCAAGGUUGAAGUAGUUUUACAUUUGUUUUUAUUAUUACCAGCAGUUUCCUUAACCACCCCUCUACGAUUGGUGAUGUUGGACGUUCCGUCGCCGACUGUUGUAGGUCAAGAGGUAGAACUCACUUGUAGCUUCGACCUGAAUGGUGAUAUUUUGUACUCAGUGAAGUGGUACAAGGACGACGUUGAAUUCUACCGUUAUGUUCCCAACGAUUGGCCUCCAGGACAGUUUCUUCCACUUAGUGGGGUCAGAGUUGACCUGUCUAAAUCUAAGGAGCAAUCAGUGUACAUUCGGAAUGUUGCCUUGGAAACUGCUGGAAUUUAUAAGUGCGAAGUGUCGACUGAAGCGCCUGUAUUUGACACAGUAUCAGCCAAGAAGGAGAUGAAGGUAUACGUGCUACCAACAGAAGGCCCAAAAAUUACAGGAAGACACCUAAAGUACCGGGUAGGAGAUACCGUAACAGUGAACUGUACCUCAGCUAAAUCGAAGCCAGCAGCUACGCUCAACUGGUACAUAAAUGAUGAACCGGUUGGACCAGAGUAUGAAACUAUUUACUCAACCAUCUUGCACGACGAUGGUCUGGAAGUUUCCUGCUUAAGUCUUCGAUUCCUUAUAAACCACGAUCACUUCACAAAUGGGAACAUGAGAAUAAAGUGCGAGGCCAGCAUCCCGCGUGUAAGGUACACGAUGAGUGACGAAACACUUGUGUUCAGCGACCAGCUUCAGCACGUUUCAGGACUCCGGAUUCGAGAGAACUUGAGUAAAGUUCGUGACACUGCUGCGAUUGUGGCGACCCCUGUUCGGUGGAUACACCAUCUCCUUUCAGUACUGACCCUGGUGUAUAACUGUUUGUUUUUUCGUAUAUGAAAUGAAGACAUUUACAUAGAAUUUGGUGGAAUAUUGAAUGGUUUGUGAUGAAAAGACUUCUCAUGUAUGAACGUUGUUUAUAUGUAGUUCCAGACAAAUCUUCUAAAUCAGUUUCUUUAUAGUUUACCAUAUCAACCUUGAAGAAGAUUACUGCAUGUAGUCUUCUGUAAUCUCUAUCUAGAAUGUUCUUCAUACGUUCUGUUCUCUAAAUGUUUCGUGAUAACGUUCUUGAAGAAAGUUGCAAAACAGCUUGUACAAAGGUUCUGUUUUUCAACCUACGAAAUAUUAAGACGAAUAGCUUGAAAUAUAAAAAAGGCAUUGUUAUUGAUAUGUAGACUUUCUCAAAUCAUACACACGCAUACAUUCACUGCGUGCAUAAAAAGGUGGGAAAAAUGAUUUAGAAAAUACAAAAACAAAGAUUAGUGUUGAUUAUUAAGGACUAUUUUAAUUAAACUAGCGUAACGAGUGGGUUUGUCAAACGUCUGACGAAGUGUUCAUAAGAAAGCUUUGAAUGUAUGCAGACAGAAUUAAUAAAGGCAAGAAACUCCUAGCUAUUGAUAUUUGUAUGGGUCUAAAAACUAAAAAUAAUCGUGUUAAAAUGUAUAAUUUAUUAGCUGAUUAGCAAAUGCCAUUUUCUCACGUUUGAAAUGAACUAUAAAAUAGGCAUAAGAUAUUUGACUGCUUAGAAUUCCCUUGUAUUGACAGAAAGAUUACAGAUUUUUAAAGAAUUAGAUUAUUGAGAAAACUCAAAGGUGUUUUAAACAAAAAAUAAA